GAUGGACUUCAUUAGAAAGUGUACUACUUUGAAGAUGGAUUUAUCCAAGUAUUGCGUAACUAAAUUUAGUGAAAACUGGUAAUAAACAUGUUUUAUUCUCUUGGGACAUGCAGCAAUUAACCUUCGCGGAACAAGUUUUUACUUUUACAACUCGACGACAAAAGUAUACUCACGUUUUGAGGUUAUGUAGGUGAGUGGGUGCAAAGAUUUCUAAUAAUUAAGGAUAUAAUUGUUAGUUUCUGCUGCUCUUGUUUAUCAUUGUCGCUGGAUUUGAUAACGAGAUGAUGAAGCAAUAAACGCGAGCACAAGCGGCGGCGGUGGGACAGCAGAACAGUUCAAAGGUGGCGUACGGACAUUUACACAUUACGUUUCGUGCGCGCAGACUUCAGUGUUUACCAACAGCUAAUAACAGUGUGAAGAUGAAGAAACAACUUCUGCCGAACUUUCCUCCGGGUCCAUUGGAUCGCUACAGGAAUCUGGCGAGUUUCGAUUGGCGCAAGCUGAAGCUCUUCAUAGAACCGGCCGAAAUCGUCGAGUUCAAAAAUGAGAUUGUCGAACUUUUGAAAGGAAAUCCCGCCUUUCAUCCGAAGAAGUUGGAAACUUUGGACGAUGUGCGACGCGACGCUUCGCUACAGAUGCACGAGGGAUUCUACUUGCAGGAGUUCAAGUACUUGGGGAUGCUGGAUAACCUGAGGAAGGUGCCUGCAUUCGGCGAGAUUGCCGUGUGGUCGAAUCCCUCGGUCAGCGUGAAGAACGCCCUCAACAAUUCCAUGUACCCGAGCGUGAUCAGGGCGUUGGGCACGGAAAAGCAUCUAGAUCUGAUCGAGAAAGUGUGGCAAGGGGAACACUUUGGUUGUUUCUGCUUGACGGAGAUCGGGCACGGAACGGACACGAAAAGGAUGAGGACGAGAGCGACGUACGACAAGGAGAGCAAAGGUUUCAUCAUGCACACUCCCGACUUUGAGGCCGCCAAAUGCUGGGCCGGUCUUCUGGGUCAGACGGCCACCCAUGCCAUAGUCUACGCCCAACUCUACACGCCCGAUGGUACAUGCCAUGGUUUGCAUCAGUUCGUCGUGCAGAUCAGGGAUGUUAAAACGAUGCAACCGUUGCCUGGAAUCACCGUCGGCGAUAUGGGACCUAAAAUCGGCCUGAACGGAAUCGACAAUGGAUUCUUAAUCUUCAACAAUUUCCACGUCUCGAGAGAUGCUCUGUUGAAUAAGAACGCUGAUGUCAACGAAGAAGGCGUUUACGUUACACCGUUCAAAGACGCGAACAAGCGUUUCGGUGCUUCACUUGCGGCCCUCUCCGAUGGAAGAAUCAACAUCACGAAUCUCUGCAACGCUUAUUUGAUUCAAGGUCUUACCAUAGCCGUGAGAUACGCUGCCGUUCGUAAACAGUUCGGACCAGACGGCAAUGAAAUUCCCAUUCUCGAGUAUCAAACGCACCAACACCGUUUAUUACCCUACUUGGCCGGAGCGUUCACGUUCAAAUUCUUCUCGUUGCACGUCUGCUUAGAACAGCAUACGACUUUUGUCAACAACUUGAACGGGAAGCAAAGGGAGGAUGCUGUGGAAUAUGGUUUCGAGAUGCACGGCAUCUCCUCGGCCUGCAAACCGGUGAUCAGCUGGUUCAUGAUGGAAGCUUUGAACGAGUUCAGACAAGCUUGUGCUGGACAUGGUUAUCUAAAAGCUGCCGGUAUUGGGGAUCUGAGGAACGAUGCUGAUGCGAAUUGCACUUACGAAGGGGAGAAUCACGUGCUGAACCAGCAGACGAGCAAUUGGUUAUUGAAAUUCUGGCCGCAAAUCUUGGAAGGAAAGAUCAUCAAGGGACCUAUGGAAUCAAUUGAUUAUCUUUCGCACGGUAAAGAAAUUCUCGCUGAUAAAUUCGCUGUGGAUUCUGUGGAGCACAUCAUCAGACCUGAGUAUAUUUUGAGAAUGUACAAAUGGUUGGUUGUUUACUUGCUGAAGUCUUCGUACGAGAAAUACGAGCGAUCUCUGAAGGAAGGAAACGACGCUUUUUGGGCCAAGAACAACAAUCAAGUCUACUACGCUAGGAGCCUAUCAGUAGCUUAUCUCAACCAUUACAUGUUGCACAUUUUCUUGAAACGGAUAAACGAAACAGAAGAUCCUAAGGUUAGGAACGUGCUCGAAAGACUUUUCGCUUUGUACGGACUGUUCACGCUGGAGAGAAGUUUAGGUCAUCUCUAUCAAGGCGGAUUCUUCGUCGGUGAAAAACCGGCGACUCUGGUGCAGGAUGCCGUGCUGAAGCUGUGUGGGGAUUUGAAGAACGACGCAGUGUCUUUGAUCGAUUGCAUCGCAGCGGACGAUUUCCUCAUCAAAUCUUUCAUGGGAAAAUCCGAUGGAAAAGUUUACGAGCAUCUGCAGAACGAGUUGAUGGGCGGAGAGGGAAACAUGUCGAGGCCGAAUUGGUGGAAGGAAGUCUUGCACUGGGGAAAACAAUCAAAGUUGUAAAUUGUUUGAAUUGGUCUGGAUUGGUAGGUAUCUAUAAAUACUGUAAAUUUUAUUAAAUUUUACUGUUUGUUAAGUGCCAACUAAAUGUAAUAGUUAGCUAGUUUGUAGUUAGAUAUAAUACUCGACAUCUAAACUUAUUUCUUCUUCAAAUAUAUUCUGUGGUUAUCUUCGUA